CCCAAACCUCUCGCAUUUUACUACAGAGAAGUUUAACUCAGCUAAUAGCUAUCAAGCAUGGUGGUCUUUUGCUUUCUGGUGGAUCAGACUAAGAAAGUGCGAGGGAGCAAGCCGGCAGCCGGAAUAUGCUCGCGGUGCGGUGGUGGAGCUAGCGUCGCCGAUAUGAAAACUGCUACCAGAUUUUGUUACGUGCCGUUUUAUUGGAAGUCUUGGAGAGCCAUUAUCUGCACUUUCUGCGGAGCAGUACUUCGAUCUUACUCAUAAUC